AUGGCACCGCCUUGCACUAUGCAGAUAUUUUGCUCUGCGCCAGAUGAGACUCAAAUGGCGCUUCGAGCUGGGUUUACGGAUGACCUUGGUAUCAAUAUCCUCACGUUCCAAGGCCAGCACAUUCCCGAUUGGUUCCCCGUAUUUCGAGGAUCGCAGAGGGCUUUUCGACUUACAAACGGUGGAGUAUUGUUAGUUCGUGAUUACGUUCGUCUGCACUUCUGGCGUGAUGGUGCCAGCCGCAGCGAGGAGGAAGAGUUUUACAUCCCACUGAACGGGAACCCCAAUAUUCAAGAUAUCCCAAACACGCAUGUGAUAUUGGGUCUGGAUUGCUUCCUUAAGCUCGAGGAUUUUACCGAUAGUCACUCGUCUCUAGCCCCUAUACAGCUAGGCCGGCAAACUAAGGAGCAAAAGGAAAAUCAGCAAAGAGCCCUCAAAGCCAAGAGGGAACAAGCUCAGGAAAAUGCGAAUAAGAGAUUUGAACUACAAAAGCAGCGCCGUCAGCAGCGUGCAGGCGCAACCGGUCGGACUUAG